AUGUCCCUUACCAAGUUACGUGUAGCCUAUAUCCCCGAGCACUUCUCGACCCCAUUGAUGUUUGCCGAAAAGCACGGCUUCUACGAAAAGAGGGGACUUGAGAUUGAGUUCGUAGAAGUCAUUGAAGGUUCGGGCCGUCUUAUCAAGUUACUCAAUUCCAAUGAGGUCGACAUUGCCAUUGGAUUGACCGAAGCUUUUGUUGCUGAUAUUGCCAAAGGUAACGAUGCCUACAAGCUUAUCGAUACCUAUGUUAAAUCUCCAUUAUUAUGGGCAAUCAGUACUGGAUCGAAACGAGAUGAAUUGACCGUAGCUCAGCAAUUGGAUGGAAAAGCCAUUGGUGUCUCCAGAAUCGGAUCUGGUUCUUAUGUGAUGAGUUUUGUGUUGGCACACAGUUUGAAAUUUGCCCACGAAUUCAGUUCUUUCCCGAUAUUGUCCAACUUCCAGAACUUGCGCGAUUCUGUCAACUUGAAGUUCGGCAAUGAGUCCGAGUUGAAGAACUCCGACGCUUUCAUGUGGGAAUACUUCACCUCCAAGAAGUACUAUGACAACGGUGAAAUUAAGCAGAUCGGCGAGAUUUACACUCCUUGGCCAUCUUGGGUGAUCAAUGCUACUAAAAAUGUCUACACUUCAAACAAGAAGGCUGUUUCUGACUUCCUAGCUGCUGUCAACGAAGGCAUUGCUUAUUUCAACAGCCACGUCGACGAGGCUAUCGACCAUAUCGGCACUAACUUGGACUACUCUAAGGAAGAUGCCCAGGAAUGGUCCAAGACCGUCCAGUUUAACGACAAGUUGGGUGAAGCCGGACUUGACUGGGAAUCAGUUGUCAGCAAGACUAGUGCUAUCUUGAAACUUGCUGGUGUCUUGUCAGACUCCGACGAGGUAAUUGCUCAGCGUUUGGAAGGAGGAGUAGUCAGACAAUUGUAA